AUGUCGAACCCAUCUCAGCUCUUCCUUCUCGCUGAUCACAUCAAGCUCUCACUGCUAGAGCGACAACGUGCUAUUUCUCUUGAUCUUGAGCCCAAUGCGCAGGAUGGCGAGAUUUCCCGCUCCCUCGACUCCCUCCGAGAGGGUAUCCAAGCCGUCGAAGCCGAGCAGGCUCAUCUUGCCGAAUCCAACGAUCACACCGGCGCCGCCGCCCUAAAGGACCAGCUGGGCCCUCUCAAUGACCAACUCCGAGACCUAUCCUCCCAGUUUUACGGCACUGAUUCCGAAGCCUCCAACCAGGAUGCGGGUGUUACCAACCGGCCCGCAACAUCGCCCGAUCUCAAACAGCCCGUUCCACAACACCCUCCAUCAAAAUCGGUGCGCUUCAUGGAUAAUUCGGCUGCGGCUGCGGCUGUACAACAGGAGAUCGAUGAGGAAGAGCGCGAUCGCCGGAAUGUUUUCCCAUAUCGCGAUGAGCCUUCGCCCGUUGACCAGUCUGAUUGGUCCAAUCAGCAGAUCCAUGAUAAUCACUCGCAGGUGAUGCGCGAUCAGGACGACCAGUUAGAUCGGCUCGGUGAGUCGAUUGGCCGGCAACAUGAAUUAAGUAUUCAGAUUGGAGAUGAGCUGGAUGGACAUGUUGCGCUGCUGGAUGGGGUUGAUGACGACGUUGACCGCCAUCAGGGUCGUCUAAACAAUGCGCGGAAGCGGAUGGAUCGGUUUCGACGCAAGGCAGGUGAAAACUGGAGUAUGAUGACAAUCAUCGGCCUAAUAAUCAUAUUGGUCAUCCUGAUUGUGAUUCUGAAAUAA